AUGGCGCCUAGAAGAGGGGGCUCAAGUUCUGGUGGUGGUUAUAGCAGCGGAGGGGGAGGCGUUUCUUGUGAUGGAUGUGAUGACCCCUUAGAACUUCGAGGUGACGGAUGGACAUUUUCUAAAACCAAUGCUCUUUUUGCCUUUUAUAUAAUUAGUGCCGUAGUCUUGCUAGCUUGUCUUGUGCUCGCUUCCAGGUUCAAAUGGGUCCGAAAGGAAGGAAAAGAUAAGCUUCGAAAUCUGGGGUUUGUGCUGGCGACAUGUUCUGUGUUGCUUAUGUUCAUUAUAUCUAUUGUUGACGCAGCGCUUCGUGAAGAAAACACGACCACCACCUACCUUUACUUCCUAAUAUACAUAUUUUCGUCCCUCGGCUGGCGCCUCGGAGAGAUUUUAUUACUCGCAGUCAUUCUCCGAACACUAUACGAGAGUACAGCCUCCACACUCGUCAAUGCGCUGCCGACUUUCAACACGAUUACGAUUGUGCUACUUAGUUUAUUGUCUAUGUCAGGGUUUGGUAUAUAUAUUGCGGAUAUUGUCUACACGAUCAGAGGCGGGUACAGCGGACCUCUCUUUUACGGCACUUUGGUACAGGACAGGCAAUAUGUUGACUUUUCAUAUACCUCGUUGUACUUCCUCGUAUCCAUUGUGAUCGUGGUAUACUCGGUGUUGCUAUUCUUGAAAGAACGUUCGCAGACUACGACUAUAAUGCUAGCAGGCGUUGCACCCUCACUUUUCUUACGAACUUUGAUCGAUCUCGCCACCAGAGGCGUUUCUUCGUUCCCCAAUAAAACCAGCUACAAAGAUGCUGCUGGGUUAUCGUGGGCAGAGCAAUACCUCUAUGUCAUACUGACUACGAUACUCUUCCUUCUCGUGGCUUGGAUUGGUUGUAUAAAACCAAGAGAUUUGAACUAUCUGUCGGUACAACAAAAAUACAACGGCGCUGUUCCUGUGGAAUAUACAACCAACGGACCUCCAACAGCUUACCAGCCUGUGCAAACACACACAGCUCCCGUAUCGUAUAGUAACGGACAGCCAGGAUACAGCUACAAUACUCAACCCACACAGCAACCGCCUUAUCGAUCAGCACUGCCUUGA